GCCAUUUUGUUGCUUAUUUUUCUCCAACAACAGUCGUGUCAAAGUGAUUUUAGAGGGUAAAUCUGCGCCAUAUUUUGAGGUUUUAAACUCGUCCAAAAUGAGCGGUCGGGAAGUUGGAAAGCAUGAUUUGGAUGUUGAGGAUGAAGAGCGGGAAAUAACUACUUUUGAGAAGUAUGUCCAGUCAACUUUUGCCGAGUUGGUUGGCACGAUGUUCUUUACAUUCAUCGCUUGCCUGGUGGUCACAUCGCAGGAUGUUGUAGCUAUUGCAUUCGCAGAGGGACUGGCCAUGGCCCUUCUCUGCUCAGCCUUCCUAAACAUCAGCGGUGGGAUAUUCAACCCAACGUUGACGUUCGCAGUGUGUCUCUCAGGAGGCAUCAGCCCUCUGCUGGCUGUGCUCUACUUCUGUGUGCAGAUAUGCGGCGGCUUGUUGGGAGCAGCUUUCGUCAAGGCCGUCCUUCUCCAAGAUUCAUACAGUGACAUUCGCGGAGGUUGCAACAAGUUCCGUGGUAGCGUACCUUACGAUAAGUACGACUCGCUCCAUGAGCUGGGUGUAUCUCCUGGUACAGCGGUCAUCAUUGAGGCUCUGCUGUCUCUGUUUGUCUACAUGUCUUAUCUUCAGGCUAACAUGGAUAACAGAGGCAAGCACCUUACGGGACCACUGGCUUAUGGGUUCUCCAUCACUGUCGGCAUCUUGACUGGAAUGCACUCCUCCGGUGCCUCCUUCAACCCUGCCCGGAGUUUCGGACCAGCCGUUGCAUCCGGUUAUUGGGAUGAACAUUACAUCUACUGGGCCGGACCAACCAUCGGUGGCCUAUUAGCCGGAACAUUCUACAGAUUCAUUCUCGGUGACAGCAACAAGCGGCUCAUCAUGAGAGACUGAUGGGGGACAGAGGCACGAACGACGGCAGGGUGAGGAGAGACCGUCCUGCAAAGUUCGUGGGAAGUUGUUCUUCCCUUAAGUAUCAACCAACACAAAUGGCUGCACAAAAUGCAACAAAUAAAAAGUUUCAUAAAAUAUGAAUAAUAUUAUUGACGAAAAGGAAAUAAGGCUACAAAUUUGUAACUCUUGCUUUCCAUUAUAAUCAACAAAUUUAAAGUUCAGGCAAAAGGAUCGAAACAGAUUACUAAAACUCUAUAGAUAUUCUCUCAAUUUAUUAAAAUCCUUUGUUUAUAUUCAUUUAGUUUAGAAAGUGUGUUUAAGCUUCAAUCUGCCAUUACCAGGGAAGCUGACUGUUUAGGGUAAAUUUUGUGAAAGAACAUUAUUUUUACUUACAUUUUCCGUGAAACUACGAAUGCCUGUUCUAUAGAAGCUUCCAAUUUCGAAUAAAGCGACUUUUAAAUUGGCCGCCUUUGGCGAGAGUGGCAGGGAAAUUUAAUUUUUUUUUGGGAAGCAUGGCUAGUACAGUCUUUUAGAAUAGGAUUUAUACUUGUAUAAAGAAUGUUUUCACAGUCUUUUUGCAACCACUUUUGAGUUAAUGCGUGUAAAUAUUGUUAUUGGAUGUAUAGAGUACGGUGAGGACCAAAUUCACGGUCAUUUUGGCCAGACCAUAAUAUUCAGAGCACCAUUUCAAAGGGUUAAUACAAGAAGUUAAGCACAAGAAUAAGCCGAGCACAACGUUAAGAUUACCAGCUAAACUACCAUGUCAUUGUACACAUUUGUGACUGGUAUUCUGCUCAUUUCUGCUUAGCAGAAACCUGUUAAGCAAUAUUGUCUACUUCGACACAAGGGGAGUCUGUUUAGAUUCGUUGACAUAAAUUACUCGGAUUUAUAACUAUUUUUUCCAUACUGCGAAGUUGAUUAGUAGUUUAUCUGUUUUAUUGUUAUUUUUCUUUUCUCUUUUUGCUACUAGUUUAACCCCUAUUGGCAACCGGUAGAGCAAAGGUGUACAGUAAAGUGUUUGUGAACUUUGACGACAUAAUUUCAGAUCAAAGUUGAAAGUGGAAACAAGAGUAUCACAGGUGUUUAUAGAUAAGGAUUUAGUUGAGCUACAAAUCCGUUGACAAAAUAAUUGCGAAUGGUUCAACGACAACAGAAAGCGUAGACAAUUCAAAUAUUAAGAGUUAACCAUUAAGUUUUAAAAUGUUUGUUAAAAUAAUAUAAAUAAUUAUUGUACUCGGAUUUUUAUAGCAUAGAUUGCAUGGAUGAUAGAGCUCAGUUUUAGCAAAAAGAAAAAGUUCGUCAUGAAAUAAUUAUGAAUAACUUUUAAACGGGGAUUUGUUUGUUUUUUUUGCUUCCCCAAAUGCUUUGAAAAUGAUUAAAUAUAGAGCAUUAUAAACUCUUUGUUCU